AUGGAAUGCGCCGACACUGUGCUUCUCAUCGCGUCCUACUUGACGAAGAAGGAACUCAUGGCACUGAGCGGAGUCUCACAUCUGUGUCGGAAGAUCGUCAGCGACUCGUUCAUAUCGUAUGAAGAGAAGAAGUACUUGGUGUGGCCGUGCCUGAAAGACGACUACGUCGAGCUUGCUCCACCUAGUCAGAUUUUGGCCCUCGGUGUUCUGGAGAAGGAGCAGAGGCUUCUGGUGCUCGUGCGCAGCGGCACAGACACAUCCAGAAUCGACGAAAUGGAAUGCUACUUGUACACCCAGCUGGUGGACGACGACGGGUGCGUGGUGGAGCACCAAAAGGAGCUUCCUGCCUGCUUUGCCUUUCCAUCCUCGCUCGUGCAUUUUAGCGGGAAUCGGUACCUCCUAUGCAAAACGCGCGAAGGGGAUUUGCACGUGUUUGACUGCCUCAUCGAGGCCAUGGUCGAGGUGCCGGUCGGGACAGACGGCUUUUACGCGUCUCCCGACGGCGAUCACUUUCUGCUCGACUACAAUCGCCACGUCUUCUUCUGCACCGCCAGCGUUCACAUUGCGUGCUGGUGGGAGAUGACCCCAGUCGACCUCAAGCGGCAUGGGGGCACCUAUAACGCAGCGUCGAACCUGCCGCCGUCCGCCCUCGUAGCGACCCACCUGCGCGCGCAGAUUGUGCCGUUGCCUGAUCCCUUCAGCAGCUGCGCUAACAGCACCAGCGGCAACGCCCCCGCGCACGUGGAUACGACCCACCCGGCGCCACCCUUGCACUUUUACCUGGGCACCAGCAGCGCCGCCUGGCGAACGUUUUGGAUGGGCAGCAGCUCUGCUCUGUGCGCCAAUGAAGACGGCGUGAGUCUGCUCAAGACCGGCAACUACCCUGAAAUGGUCGCGGAACGACUGACUUCUCUUUCGCCCUCGUGCUCGGACUUUGUGGACAGGAGCUGCGGAGACGUUUACGGCACCCCAUGCAAGGAUCGUGACGAGUACGCCGUGAUGAACUGCCGAGAGGUGCGACUGCACACAGUAAGCUACUGGCCAAAUCGGCGGCCGACAACCGAGGUGCGGGCCAUCGACCUGAAUGCCAUUGUCCCGAGUCGAGCAACCAUCAAGAGCGUCCGCAUCGCCGUGAGCCGCGUCACUUAUCUCGUCUACAUGCAGCACCAAGGCCUGGACAGGGUGCUGCUGCUCUCCUCCGAUCUCACGCUGACGCGGUGGAUCUCAAUUGGGCAUUCAUCGUGCUAUGUACUGUGGCGUCAGCAGGUAUCACUCGUCACAGCGAGCCUCUCGGACGGCGCUGGCGACAACUUCCAUCCGCUUGUGGAGGCGGUGGAGGGUGGGCUCGGCUGCGUUUAUACGUUCGGGAUGCGGCUGCCCGAAGUCUCGUCUACAGCCGCGGCGGAUCCGUUUGUGACGACCGUCAAGGUCACCUCAGCCGUGGACGGCGGCGUUGGCCCCGCUGGAGCAGGCCGCUUCUUGAUACUACCGCAUUCUAUCACAGGUGUAGAGGCGCUCUCCUGGAUGGCGUUCGGUGUCGUGUCCUCCUCGCUGCUAUGGACGGUAUCAGCGCUGUGCUACAAUGGCUGGUGGUUGCACUUGUAG